CUUCUCGCGCCCCGCGUCCCGUUUGUCGCUCCCCCUUUGCCCCAUGUCGUCCAACGCCCCCGUACCGAACACACCUGCCUUCAACCCGCAGCAGUACUACCAGCAAGUGUACAUGCAGCAGCUUCAGGCGCAGAUGGCUGCGGCCCACGCGGCCCACAUGGCGCAGACCGGCCGGGCGAGCGAGACCAACUCGUCGGCGGCGGCGCCGGCGGCAGCGCGGCCGGGCGAGCCGCAGAUGCAAGCCCUCUCUGCCGCUGCGCAAAUGCAGGCCAUGCAGCUUGCGGCGCCGCUUAUGGUGUCGAUGGCCAACGCGGCGCAGGCCGCGCAGGUCCAGCACGAGCGCAAGGGCAAGGUCCGCAACACUAGCCGCCGCGAGCGCGCGUCCAAGGCCGCGCCCUACACCACCUCGGGCCUCCAGCCGGGCCGCAAACUCUCGAUGGCGCCACUCGAGCCCGAGACGGCCCAGGCGGCCACGUCGGCGCUGAUGGACCAAAAGUCGCGCCGCGAGUACCACAAGCGUGCCGAAAAGAAGCGCCGGCUCAAGAUCAACGAGCUCGUCCAGCAGCUCCGCUCGCUGCUGCCGAACCCGUCCAAGGUCGCCUUCCAGAAGCCGACCGUCUUCCAGCACGUUGCCAACUAUGUCAAGGCGCUCAAGGCCCACCGCACGUUCCUCGAGGACGAGCUGGCACGGACAACCGAGAUUGUCCUUGACGUCCAGACUGCCCUCAACGACCGCAACGACUACACCAUCCGCAACGCAUUCGAGGCUCAGAACAUGGAGCUCAACGACCGCAUCGUCGAGUUCAAGCCCUCGCUUGCCCGCAACCCGGACAUCGACUACAACCGCUCGCCCUCGCCCGAGGAGACCAAGAACAACCCGACGGCCCUGCUCCGCAAGGCCAAGUACUCGGCCGUCAGCUCGGCUGCCGCCGCACGCCUCGCUCGCGGCCGCCCCACUGCUCGUACCCCGGUCUCCACCCCACCCAACGGCUCUGUCUCGGCGCUCGACACCCUCUCCUCCGCUGCCGAGGCCUCGUCGGCCUCUUAACUGUCUUUGGACCUCCCGCGUCCGCCUCCGCCUCCCACUCUCCUCCCUGGUUACAGUGCGCCUCCGAAUUGCGUCUCUGGCCAGGUGAGGCUCAGUUGGGUUUCUUUCCUUUGAUGGUGCCAUCAUCAGCGCACGUGCCCCCUUCUGUUACCUUGUGCAGCGAUAUUGAAGCUUCCAACCCCCCCCCCAACCCCCCC